AUGGCGCCUCGGCCUGCGCAGCUGCUGCUGGCCGCCCUGGUGGCCGCGCUGCUGGCGCCCGGGUGCCUGGCGGCGCAGGCGCGCAGCGGCGCCACGCUGUCGUCGAACCCGGUGCGCAAGGUCGUGUCCAUGCUCCAGGCGAUGGAGAGGAAGGUCAGGGAGCAGGGCGAGAAAGAGCAGGAGCCUUGCUCCUGUCUUGUGCUACUGUAA